AUGUCCAACCUGUACAGCAUGAACGCGGGCUCUCUGACCAUGAGCCCCAAGAGAGAGUUUCCCACAACACCUCACGUCAAACUGGGCAGCUCCUUCACUAAAGUUCGAGACUUCCUGAAAAGGUUUGAGAGCAUCCCAGACAUGCUGGAGCUGGAUCACCUGACUGUAUCAGGAGAUGUCACCUUCGGAAAACAAGUCACACUCAAGGGAACGGUUAUCAUUAUCGCUAAUCAUGGAGACAGAAUCGACAUCCCGGCCGGAGCGAUGCUGGAGAACAAGAUCGUUUCAGGAAACCUGCGCAUCCUGGACCACUGAGGCCUUCACAACUGAACUACAACCACAUCCAUCAUUUUACCUGGACAUUUACAUGUGUGUGUGUGGAAACAUGUCAGAUUUGAGUGUGACAAUCAAAAGCCGUCCAAUUAGCAUUAAAGGGUUAGUUCACCCACAAAUGAAAAUUAGCCCAUAAAUGACUCACCCCCGAGGCAUC